GGAAGGUAGGGUGGGAAGUAGCUCUAUGUUCCUAAAUAUGAAUACAUGAAAUACUUGAAAAUUAUACAUCUUAAAUAAAAUUUUAAAAAAGAAAAUAAAAACAUGUGAAGGCUGGAAAAUAGACAAAAAUCUCUGAUAUGACAUGAGCUUUAGAAGGAGGAAAGGAACAAUGAAGGGAAGUCAGUAAUUAAAUAAUUUGUAAAAGUUUACCUAAUCAAAAAAAAAAACAAAAAAAACUGAGUCUCAGAUUGAAGGUGUUUACCAAGUUACAAGCAAGAGUAAUGAAAGAUAAAGGGGUAGGCAUUAGACACAGCAGUGGACAUGCUGUGUGGUACACUGACGUCCCAAAUCUGAGACCAGAUUUGAGUUCCAGUUCCAGUUCUUAUUCCAGCUUCCUGCUAAUGUGCACCCUGGGAGGUAGCAGAUUAUUGCCCAUAGUUGGAUCCCUUCACCCAUUUGGAAGACAUGCUCUGCUUCUGUUUUCUACCUGGCCUCGCCCUGGCUAGUGUAGGUUUCUGGGGGAGGGAACCAGCAGAUAAGAGAUCCCUCUCUUAAUAUCUCCUCUUCUCUCUCCCUCCCUCUCUCUCUCUCUCUCUCUCUUUCUCUCCACACAGACACACACUCUUUCUCCUCCUCUCCCUCUUUCAAAUAUUUUUAAAGGUACAGUAGUAAACUAUGUGUAUAUCACCUGAAUUCUUCCAUUAGAAAUGCACAAAAAAAGAACAAGGAAAACCAUGUGCUUCACUGUUGGGAUGCACAAGCAAAAAGAGAGACAGGACAUGGGAACUCUACCUUUGAAAAGUGCCCACAGGGCUGGCGCCGCGGCUCAAUAGGCUAAUCCUCCACCUAGCGGCGCCGGCACACAGGGUUCUAGUCCUGGUCGGGGCGCCAGAUUCUGUCCGGUUGCCCCUCUUCCAGGCCAGCUCUCUGCUGUGGCCCCAGGAAGGCAGUGGAGGAUGGCCCAAGUGCUUGGGCCCUGCACCCGCAUGGGAGACCAGGAGAAGCACCUGGCUCCUGCCAUCAGAUCAGUGCGGUGUGCCGGCCGCAGUGCUCCGACCGCAGCGGCCAUUGGAGGGUGAACCAAAGGCAAAGGAAGACCUUUCUCUCUGUCUCUCUCACUCUCACUGUCCACUCUGCCUAUAAAAAAAAAGAAAGAAAGAAAGAAAGAAAGGAAGGAAGGAAGGAAGGAAGGAAGGAAGGAAGGAAGGAAGGAAGGAAGAAAGAAAGAAAGAAAGAAAGAAAGAAAGAAAGAAAGAAAGAAAGAAAGAAAGAAAGAAAGAAAGAAAGAAAGAAAAGUACCCACAGGCCAACCCAGCGUGCUUCUGCUAUUGAUAAGGGUUACAGCAACCUGUUGUACAGUGUAUGCACAUGUUCAUAUAACUCCAAGGUUUCUCUGAAACAUGUUGAGGAAGACAUAUCAGAUAAGCUGUCUGGGAAAGCAGCUGCAUGUCCUUGGGAAGCCAAUGUUCUCACAAGGGCUCAAUGCUCUUCUUGUUAGUGGGUCAUAAACUAUCCUUAAUCAGUCCCUGCAGUCACACUCAGUGUCCUAGGAAGAAAAUGUCCUCACUAGGAGUGCACUGGCAGAAAUCUCAUACUCCACCCUUCAACAGAGAAUCCUCUUCAAAUCUUAUGCCAUUUUGUGGUAACAGGGACAUUUAAAAGAGACACAAACCUGUAUAACUGACACAAAUUCAUGGAGGAAAAUGCCCUCACAUAUUAUAGGUGAAUAUUUAAUUGUUAUACCUUAUAUAGAUAAGAAGCUCAAACAUUUGUUAAAAUUUAAGUUAUAGAUGUGUAACCAGCAAUCCCAUUGCAGAAUUGAACCUGUAAUCAUAAAUGAAAAUGAAAAUCUGUGUCAAGCAAUCUUCACAGUGUUAACAACAGAAACAAAUCCACAAGACUGGGAGCUAAGUGACUCCCUUUGAGUAAGACAAUGGCUGGAUAAAUCAUGCUAGCUCCAUUCACAGAUUAGGAUGCCAUCAUUACAAAGAACACACUGGAGCUAUAUUCUUACACUUGGAGGCAUUUCCAAAAUGUGCUGUUGAGUGAGAAAAGACAAAGAUUAAAAAAAAGUACAUAAAAAUGAUGUCAUUUUUGCAAAGCAAACAAUUCCCAAUCCAUCACAUGUAUAUAGAUAUACUCACACAUAAGUAUGUUAUAUGUGUAUAAGUAUAUGUCAAGUUCUUAUCACCGGAAAGAAUAAGUAUUUUACAUGGAAAUGUCAUGAAAAGGAAGAGGGAGGACUAAAUAAAAUAAGUAAAGAUUAUAUUUUCUUCAUCCCACCCAUGAGUAAAACACAUUCUCACAUGUUGUGGAUGAAAAAUUCAGUUUGUAGUAAUUUUUUUUAAAAUUACAGUGCAUAUAUGCAAAGUUAUCUUAAAAAGUGUCAUUAGGGGGCCAGCACUGUGGUGUGGUAGGUAAAGCCAACUCCUACAGGGCCAGCAUCCCAUGUGGGUGCUGGUUCAAGUCCCAUCUGCUCCACUUCUGAUCCAGCUCUCUGCUGUGACUUGGGAAAGCAGUGGAGGAUGCCCCAAGUCCUUGGGCCCCUGCACCCACAUGGGAGACCCGGAGGAAGCUUCGGACACCUGGCUUCAGAUCUGCCCAGUUGUGACCAUUGUGGCCUUUUGGGGAGUGAACCAAUGGGUGGAAGAUUGAUCUCUCUCUCUCUCUCUUUCUCUCUCUCUUCCCCCCUCUCUCUGCCUCUCUGUAGUUCUGCCUUUCAAAUAAAUAAAUCUUUUUUAAAAAGUAUCAUUAGGUAUGAGUAUCCAGGUGAAAAAGCAUGUUGUAAUAUCUAUAGUAAAAUUCUGUUACUGCAAAAUAGUUUAGCAAAAUUUUUAAAUCUGUGUGUAUGUAGUAUAUAGAUAAACAGAUUGAUAGCUAAUAGAUAUUAGAUUAUAUCGAUAUAAGUGUGUAGAAUAUGGACUUAAAUUUGGAGAAAAGUUUGGAAGUAUACAUGCUAAGCUGGAAAGCACACUUUUUAAGGAAUAGCAUGAAAGCAGGCACAAAGACAUAACUAGGAGCCAGAGCUGUGGUGUAGCAGGUAAAGUCACUGCCUGAAGUGCUGGCAUCCCAUUUGGGCGCAGGUUCGAAUCCUGGCUGCUCCAGUUCCAAUCCAGCUCUCUUCUAUGGCCUGGGAAAGUAGUAGAAGAUGGCCCAAAUGCUUGGGCCCCUGCACCCAUGUGGGAGACCCUGGAGAAGCUCCUGGCUCCUGCCUUUGGAUCAGUGCAGCUCCAGCUGUUGUGGCCAGUUGAGAAGUAAACCAGCAAAUAGAACACGUGCUCUCUCUUUCUCUCUCUCUGCCUAUCCUCCUCUCUGUGUAUAACUCUGACUUCCAAAUAAAUAAUAAAAUAAAUGUUUAAAAAAAUAACUAAAGAUAGAUACAUGUGUAUAACCAUGAUCCUAGUUUGAGAUUUACAUUAAGGAAAGCUGCAAAUGAAUCUUUCAAACAAAUGAUGGCUGUUGUUGCAUGAUUUUAGGACCAUCACUCAACCACUUCAAAAUUAUCUGAAGACUGAUUUUCUUUAAAAAUGGAACACAUAGGUGUCGCUCCCCCUCUUCGCGGAGGAACGACACUGAACCCUGCACUGUUCUUUUGUCUGCUCGGCCCUUCCCGGGUUUGCUGCUGGUCCUUCCCGGGUUGGCUGCAGACCCCUCCACCUCCGUGGAGGGGCGGGCCCCCCUGCCACUUUCCCCACUUCCGCGGGGGAGCGGCACACCGCUGGCCGGCUCUCUCGGGGGCUGCUCAGGUGUUCUUUCAGGUGUUCCCCUUAGAUGUUCCUGGUGCAUGUUGUCUCUCUCCUCCUUUAUAGUCCUCUUCCACCAAUCCCAACUCUGCUACCCACGCGCCAAGUACGCUGCUCUCCUCCAAUCAGGAGCAGGAUCAGCUCCUGCAGGUCAUCACUCAAGUUGGCAAGAGGCAGCUGCGUAGAAGUUUACUCCUCCCCAGCGCCAUAUUGUGGGAGAGCAGAUGCAUAGAAUAAGUCUUAAUUCCAGUAACUUAGUCUAGUCCGAGUUGCUCCCCACAAUAGGGAUAUUAAAAUCCAAAGUAUAAAGUGCAUAAAGUGAGAAAAAAUACUUGAAACUGCAAAAUCUCACAAAGAUUGAUAAAAAUAACUAUACAAGCCUGGAGCUUCAAAAUUUAAAGUGUUCAAAAUAUUAGUGCUGAUCUAUUCCAAUGCACUUUACUUAAGAUGUUUAAGGGUUGUUUGGUCCCCUAGAGAAAUGAAGAGUUCCAUUCCCUAUACACUUAACAACUCAUGUUGAAAUUUCACUGAGCAUAAAUAUAUAUUUGUAAUGAUUCAUGUACACUUCUAAAUAUGACUUGGGUUGUGGCCCCCUUUAUUUCAGUAAGAAAAUCCUAUUUUCAAAUGUAAUUUUACCUGUUCCUCAGCAUAUAAAGCAUAGCAAGCAGAAACAAGCCUAAAUGUUCAAUUGUAUGCUGGGAGUCCUGAUUGGAAUCAAAUUCCCUCACAGCUCUGAACCAGAGGCCCUGGAGUUCCAUGACAGAUGACUGAAUGAGGGUCUGCCUCACUGUCUCUGUCUGGUGACUGGCUGGCUUAGCCCCCAGGAGGGCCUAUUCAUUUCCAAACUGAUAUGAUUUUAAUAGAGAAUAUGAAAUGAAGUACACUCCACUUCAGGGAUUGUCAGCUCAGCCAGUACAGUCCGCAUGUAGCUUUAUGUUUCGUAAACUGUUAGUUUGAUAUUGAGCUUUUAUCAGUUUCUUUCAUUGUGCAAUUGGAAAAAAAGCAAUCCAUUUUCAUUGUGAUUAGGUGCACUCGCCAGUAUUUCCGGCAGUUACCAGUGAGCAAUGGGAGUCGAAGAAUUGAGACUCCUGUAGGUGAAGUCUCCUGACUCCAUUCUUUCACUCCUGUGCUGUAAUAGACAGAACAGCCUCCAGCCCCGUCAUCAUCAUAUAAUGAAAACACCCAAGUUUGGUGUCUUCUAACCCAGUCUGUGGUUUGCACUCUAAAGUCACAUCCAUGGAGCGAAAUCCUCAAGGCAGUGGAAAAAGGCAAUCCUGGAUAUGUUCUGCAUCAUGAGAAGACAUAAUGGACCAGGACAGAUGAAGACGAAAAUGAAGGGAAGCGUCACCUUCAAUACAUCAGAAACACUCCCCCAGUCUCUGAAGUAUCAUCCCUCUGAUUACUGGUUUAGUUUAAAUGGAUGCUAAAGAAUAUGGGCACGUUUGAGGAGAUUACCUGUUAAAUUUGUGCUGUAAUGUGAAUUUAGUGUGGAAGAAUGGGUGCUUCUUCUACUCUCCCAGCUGAAAAACAAGUUCCCGUUUUGCAUGCCAGCUGAGAUAAGUGUGAUUUGUCACUGUCUGAAUAUGUGCAACCAAGAGAACGGGUGCUCAUUACAGCCCUGGGCACUGGCUCCCUGCCCCCCGCACUUCUGGGAGUUUGGGAGCAGGGAUCUGACUGCUCUGCUCUCUUGUGCUGUCUGCAAGGUGAAGGGGAAUGCUGCAUCUGAAAGUUCAAGCAGGCUGCGAAAAGGAACAGCAGGUAAUUGGAUAGCCUUUAAAAAGAUAGAUUUAAGUAGGCAUAAACUACCAUGUAUAGAAAAUAAAUUAACUGUGUCAAAGAGAGACCCAUGGGAGUGAGAAACAGGAUAGCAGAUACAAAAAGAAUGCAAGGAUGCAACCUGUGGCAGCUGAUGAGGUCAAGUGUUUGUGAAUACUGAGGUCACACAACUCUUUGAAGUUUCUGAACAGAGGCUUAUUUCAAACAGUAGAGUAAAACACAUUUUAUUGGAAAAUUGAUUUGAGAUACAAUUUGAGGGAAAGCAUGAAAAAAUGAAGUCUAAGUAUUGGGAGCACCUCUAGUUCUUAUUCUAUUGUCUAAUUAGUAGAAAAAUUAACAGUAUCCGCCUCUCAUUUCUGGCGGUUCUACGUGGUUUUGCUUUGUUCUGACAUACUGAGGGCAAACUGAAAUCCUCUAUGAAUUAUGUGCUUCCUGGAGUACAGAAUACCAUUCGAAGCUGCAUCCCAGUGCUCCUUAGUGCCUCUCGCCUGAAUUGUUCAGGUUCAAAAUUGUUGCAUAAACAAUCCCCACUUCCCCAAACCUUCUGUCUUCGACUUAGGUGGGUAAUUCCUCUACUGCUCAUGUUUCAGCUUAGUCUGCAUCUUUUCUUGAGCUCUUUCUAGAAUUUUGAGGUUUCGAACUGCAUCUUCCACAUCCAUGUCUCAUCAUUUUUUUAUUUUUUUUUAUUUAGUAAAUAUAAAUUUCCAAAGUACAGUUUAUGGAUUACAAUGGCUUCCCCCCCCCAUAAUUUCCCUCCCACUAGCACCCCUCCCAUCUCCCGCUCCCUCUCCCAUUCCAUUCACAUCAAGAUUCCUUUUCAAUUAUCUUUAAAUAUAGAAGAUCGAUUUAGUAUAUAUUAAGUAAAGAUUUCAUCAGUUUGCACCCACACAGAACACAAAGUGUAAAAUACUGUUUCAGUACUAGUUAUAGCAUUACUUCACAUUGGACAACACAUUAAGGACAGAUCCCACAUGAGAAGUAAGUACACAGUGACUCCUGUUGUUGACUUAACAAUUUGACACUCUUGUUUAUGGCGUCAGUAAUCUCCCUAGUCAUGAGUUGCCAAGGCUAAGGAAGCCUUUUGAGUUCGCCGACUUCGAUCUUAUUCCAACAGGGUCAUAGUCAAAAUGGAAGUUCUCUCCUCCCUCCAGAGAAAGGUCCACUGUGAAUCACUAGUUCUGGAAGAGUUUCCUCUGCUGUUUCUUCCCCUACUCUUCCUUGAACCUGCAGUAUCUCCACUUUUAUUAAACUGUCUCUUCCCGGACUAUCAGUGUGCUCCCUUCCUAUUGCGCCAUCUUGCCGCUCUCCCCCAUGUCUCAUCAUUUAGUACUGUUCCUUGUUCAUUUUUUAAACGGUUUAUUUGUUUAUUUGAAAGGUAGAGUUACAGAGAGGCAGAGGCAGAGAGAGAGAGAGAGAGAGAGAGAGAGACUUCCAUCUUCUGGUUUACUCCCCAGGUAGCCACAGCAGUCAGAGCUGCGCCGAUCUGAAGUCAGGAGCCAGGAGCUUCCUCCAGGUCUCUCACGCGGGUGCAGGGGCCUGAGGACUUGGGCCAUCUUCUACUACUUUCCCAGGCCAUAACAGAGAGCUGGACCAGAAGUGGAGCUGGCAGGACUUGAAUCGGCACUGCAGGCAGCAGAUUUGCCUGCUACACCACAACGCCAGCCCCUUGGUUCAUUGUUGACUCGUGGUGAGUCUGUUGAGUGCCGGGAAGGAAACCAGGGUGGGGCUAGUUUGCUAGGUGUCAGACCCGUCCUGAAAGUCCCCAGGGAGACUUUCCUUAAGCUCAAAGAACAGGCCUGCCUCAAGUCAAUGUACCACUUUUCUCCAGGAAAUUAUUAUAAUGACCCUACAGUUCUUCCAAGACUCAAAUGUGAGUGGCAGCCUCUGAAGUUACUCAGCACACGCUUUGUACAGCUAUAAACAGCAGCUUUAAUUCAGGAAGCACAAACUCAGAAGCCUAGCAUGGCCAGAUACGAUGAAAUCAGUAAAAGAAUCAGUGUCCAAAUAGAGCUUUCCUUUGAAUCCAGUUCUUCUUUUAGCAAUACGCCUCUGCAUGGCCACUUAUAACCAAACUUCUUAGAAGAAUUUCUACCAGCAAUCUCCCCUACAGCAACUAAACACACUGCAGCCAUCUCAAGUCCCCAGCAUUGCACAGAAACCGUUAUUGGCCAAGUUUAUCAGGGACCAACAUACCUUUUUCAACUAUUACCUGACCUGACCCCUUAGCAAUGCCGGUACCUUCUACGCUGCAUGAAUACCUGUCGAGGACUAUGAAGGAUCGAUUUUACCCUACUUUCAAGGUCUGUUUUGUGAACCUGGAUGUGAACAAGGAUGAAUGCAGCACAGAGCACCUGCAGCAGAAAUUGGUCAAUGUUUCACCAGAUCUUCCAAAACUUAUCAACUCUAUGAAUGUCCAACAGCCAAAAGAAAAUGAAAUUGUCCUGCUAAGUGGAUUAGCAUCUGGAAAUCUCCAGGCAGAUUUUGAAGUUUCACAGUGCCCUUGGCUAUCAGAUAUCUGCUUGGUCCAAUGUGCGAGAGGGAACAGACCCAACAGCACCAAUUGCAUCAUCUUUGAAAUCAACAAAUUCUUGAUUGGUCUGGAACUGGUGCAGGAGCGGCAGCUCCACUUGGAGACAAACAUCUUGAAACUGGAGGAUGACACGAACUGUUCCCUGUCCUCCAUUGAGGAAGACUUUCUCACUGCCUCGGAGCACUUGGAGGAGGAGAGCGAGGUGGAAGAAUACAGGAACGGCUAUGAACAUAUAAAUGUCUCAGCCAAUGUUUUGGAAAGCAAAAAGCCAAAGGAAGCCAUCCAGGAAGAAUGGAAUUACAAGGAAAAGCUGUUGCACAAAUUGGGAGACAAACACUUUAGCAAAUAUCAUACAGCGUUGGUCAAGACAGAAGGGUCUCUAGAAAACCGGGCACACAACACAGCCUUAUAUGGUCUAGAUCCCUCCACCAAGACACCACAGAGGAAAGGUGAGGUUGGAGGAAAUGAGAGGCCUGCUACAAAUUAUUACUAUUCAGAAAAAUGUAAAGGUCAAGUGGAAAAAUCACAGGCACUUUAUUUUCCUAGUGAUGCCUACUCCUCCGUGAUGGUUAAGAAAGAUAUCCCUUCCACAUGUGACACUGCCACUGAACAGGCCAGAAACCUGCACCCAGGAGAACACGAAGACACAAAAAACUCUCUUCCUCCCCUACGGGAUGGAGAAGCCACAACUGGCGAGUAUGCGACAAAUCUAGCAGAAUCUGUACUGCAAGAUGCAUUUAUUAGGUUAUCUCAGUCUCAGCCUCUACUCCCCCAGGAAUCUGCAGUCAGUGUUUCUGCAGGAAGCGCUCUGCUUCCCAGUGCUUGUUGCACAAAAGAUAUCAUGGUCCCUCGGUCGUGGAAUGAGCUCCCCAAAAUUGUCAUUGUGCAGAGUCCAGACGGCAGCGAUGCUGCCCCUGAGCCAGUUGUGUCCUUGGUGCCCGAGAUGGAAGGCUCUGCUGAAGCCUCAGGCAUCCUAUCUGGAGAAAACUGCCGCAGACACCCUCAGAGUGCUCUGGAAGUAGCACUGGCUUGUGCAGCCACUGUGAUCGGAACCAUUUCCAGUCCCCAGGCCACAGAAAAAUUCACUAUGGAACAAGAAUCCCUGGUAUCAAACUGUCCACAGGGAGGCAGUGGAGCAACACAAACUCAAGCUUCCCAAGCAGUCAGGGAGCCUUCCCUCAGUGCAUAUUCCUUUCCAUCCGCUCUGUGCGGCAUGACUCAGGUAGCAAGUGCAGUUGCGGUCUGUGGCCUAGGAGAAAGAGAAGAAGUCACACGCCCUGUGGCUCCAGUAGGCCUCUUGCCUGCAGCUGAAGAUUCUGGAGCAAUCCCUGCUUUUUGCACCUUAGCUUCAGGGAAUAGUGUAGACCUAGCAAAGGAAGCCAUUGCAGAGGCACUGCUCAAGGAAGCUGCUCUGGUUUUAACAAGGCCUGCUAUCUACAGCAGCAUGGGAGAGCUCAUGGAAUCCGUGAACAGACAAAUCAGAGAAACAGCUUCAAAGUCUCAGACACUAUGCUCGAAAAAUGUCCUCAGAAAUGAACUGGCGCAGACCCUGUCCAAUGUUAUCCUAAAGCAUUCCAUUGAUGAAAUUCACCAGAAAGGCACAAUGAGCUCCCCCAGCGAGGGCAGGUGUGCCUCUGACACUCUGGACACCUUACUGGAAAGCACAAAUCAGCUGCUUCUAGAUGUGAUGUGCUGCACAUUCAAGAGGAUGAGCCACAUCAUACAGCUGGGUGAAUGUCCCACUCUCCUUGCGAAGGAGAUCAUAGGAUGGAGGGAGAGAGAAUCACACUGCUUGCUACUCGAUCAGGCUGCUGGUCAGGCAUGCACAGAAGCCACAGACGACUCCAGCAGCCACGCUCCCAGCAAUCUGCACGCCACCAGUCUUGUCAUCCAUGACCUCGGGGAUAGCAUGCAUCCAAACCAAGACAAGAGUGGAGCAGGUCUAUUCAAGAACCCUGCACUGCAAUCUGAAUUGUCCCUGAGUCACAGAGUACUGGAGUCUUCAACUGCUAAGACUUUCCCCAAGGAAACACAUUGGAAAGGAAUGGCCAGAGAGGAUCCAAAAGCCCCUCACCAGUCACCCUGUCCCACCAACAGUGAACACAGAGCGUCUGCGGCAGCAGAAAGGGCACUGACAGUCAGCAGGUGCAGAAGUGUUUCCCAGGAUACUGAGGACAGUAUCAGUGUGAAUACCCAAGAGAAGCGCAAUGAUGCCACACCUCUAAACCAUGACCUUCAAGUUAACUUCUCCUUGUUAGGGGACGACAGGCUGCUUCCUGCUCAGCCUAUGCCACAGGCAAAACACACAGACAUCUACUGCAUUACAGAUUUUGCAGAAGAAUUAGCAGAGACGGUUGUCUCCAUGGCAACUGAAAUUGCUGCCAUUUGCCUUGACAACUCCAAUGGAAAACAACCCUGGUUUUGUGCAUGGAAAAGAGGGACUGAAUUUCUGGUGACACCGAAUGUACCUUGCCGAUCACUGAAGAGAAAGAAGGAGAGCCAGGGCAGUGGUGCCACCGUGAGGAAGCACAAGCCGCCCCGGCUCAGUGAGAUCAAGAGGAAGACGGAUGAGCACCCUGAACUUAAAGAGAAGCUGAUGAACAGGGUUGUGGAUGAGUCUGUGAACCUUGAGGACAUCCCAGAUUCUGUCAGUAUCUUUGCCAAUGAAGUGGCAGCCAAGAUCAUGAACCUAACUGAGUUCUCCAUGGUGGAUGGGGUCUGGCAAGCCCAGAGCUAUCCCCGGAAUCGAUUCCUGGGUGGCGACAGGUGGAACCGACUGAAGGCCUCCAGCUGUGAAAGCAUUCCGGAGGAGGACUCCGAGGCCAGGGCCUAUAUCAACAGCCUGGGUUUAAUGAGCACCUUAAGCCAGCCAGUCAGCAGAGCCAGCUCGGUCUCCAAACAGUCGAGCUGCGAGAGCAUCACUGAUGAGUUUUCCAGGUUCAUGGUGAACCAGAUGGAAAACGAAGGGAGGGGAUUUGAGUUACUAUUGGAUUACUAUGCUGGCAAGAAUGCCAGCAGUAUUCUGACCUCAGCAAUGCAGCAGGCGUGUCGGAAAAGCGAUCACCUCAGCCUAAGGCCAAGCUGUCCCUCUAAGCAGUCAAGCACAGAGAGCAUAACCGAAGAGUUCUACAGGUACAUGCUGAGGGACAUUGAAAGAGAAGGCAAAGACGGCAGCUCCUCCAGACGCAGUAGCCAGGACUGGACGUCUGGCUUACUAUCUCCUUCUCUGCGAUCCCCCUUGUGUUACAGACAGUCAUCCAUGCCAGACAGUAGAUCCCCUUGUGCCAGGUUAACAGUGAAUGUGCCAGUCAAGGCCAACUCCCUAGAUGGCUUUGCCCAAAACUGCGCACAAGACUUCCUAAGUGUCCAGCCAGUCGGCAGUGUCUCCUCAUCAGGUCUCUGCAGAUCUGACUCCUGCUUGUAUCUGAGAGGUGGGGCUGAUCACAUCACAAACAUGUUAAUUCAUGAAACAUGGGCGAGCUCUAUCGAGGCCCUCAUGCGAAAGAACAAAAUUAUCGCGGAUGAUGGUGAGACAGCGGAGGCUGAGCCUGCUUCCAGUGGCUCUCCUGUGCACGUGGAGAAGUGUGCAAACAGAGUAGCUACAAGCGGAGGGCACAGGGCGCCAAUGCUGCUUGUGCAGGAGUCUGUGAUGGAAAGCAAACACCCCUCCGUGUCACCUGCAAGCAAAACCGCUCCUCUUACGAAGCACAGCAGUUCCAGUUGUAAAAAGGAGACUCCCUCAUGCCUGGACAGAGUCUCUCUCAAGCACCACAGGCGGUCCCUUUGCUCAAGGGAAGUACCUUUGAUUCAGAUUGAAACCGAUCAGAGAGAGGAGUGUGUUGCAGAACCUCAACCCUUCCUUGACAAAAGCAGCCCCCUAGAAGAAGCAGAUGAGCCUUUGAAUGAGAAAAAAGUCCCAGAAGUAGCCGGGGCUGGAGACACAGCCAUGAGCCUGGGCCAGCAUCACAGCAACAGUCUUGACUCCAGAGAUGGACCAGAGGCUGAAAUCUCACCAGAAGCCAGAGCUCCUGAUGAGGCCCCCAACCCUCCCAGCAGCAGUGAGGAGAGCACUGGAAGCUGGUCCCAGCUGGCCAAUGAGGAAGACAACCCAGACGACACUAGUAGCUUUCUGCAGCUCAGUGAACGGUCCAUGAGCAAUGGCAACAGUAGUGCCACUAGCAGUCUUGGCAUUAUGGACCUGGACAUUUAUCAGGAAAGCAUGCCAGCUUCUGCCAUGAUUAAUGAAUCAGGAGAAGAAAAGGAGAUUCCUAAACAACAGCCAGAAAACAUUAAGGAAUGUGACACUGGACCACCAGUGGGAACAUCCAGCCACCAGAGGAGCCUGCUGGUGAUCAACUUUGACCUGGAGCCCGAGUGCCCUGACGCCGAGCUGCGAGCCACUCUGCAGUGGAUAGCUGCCUCCGAACUUGGGAUUCCCACAAUCUACUUCAAGAAAUCUCAGGAAAACAGAAUAGAAAAGUUCCUAGAUGUCGUGCGGCUGGUUCAUCAGAAGUCCUGGAAAGUGGGGGAUAUCUUUCACGCAGUGGUCCAGUACUGCAAAAUGCACGAGGAGCAGAGGGAUGGAGCCCCAAGUCUCUUCGACUGGCUGUUAGAACUGGGAUCAAGCAGCUUUUCCCGUUAGAGCCUUCCUCUACUGUGUCUCAACUUAGAUUAUUAUGGUUUGCUCUGAAUGCUCUAAACUUUCUCAAAACAUCAUAUCACAUUGGCAGAGCUUUAAAAAUCUGCUGCUCAAGUCCACUGCACACAGACUCAAUCUGAGCAAAAGACAAAUGUAGGUCUGUACGAAUCAAUACAAUCUGUGGGUGAAUUCAAAAGAGCUUGCAUUUGAAUGGCUGGAAAAGGAGAAACUUGAAUUGGGCCCAAAUCAGAAAAUAUUUAAUUAGGUCCUAACUCCAGGAAAAACUAGAUGCACAUAUGUUUGAUAAUGUAAAAUGGUGUGUAAUAUCUCUAAUUAUGUGAAUCAACUGGAAACAAAAUCAUUGCUCAAAAUAAUUUUAUAAACUAUGCUAUAACAUUUAUUUUACUUUUCUGAGCACAUGAAGGAAAAAGUAAGUUUCCAGCCCAGCCAAGCAUUUAAGAUAUAAAUAAAAAUUUCUAAACCUUUAUAGAAAAGAUUCCCACUUUCAAAAUAAUAUCGGUGACUAUUGUUGAAAUGCAAAAGUGUAUCAAUGUUCUCUACUGAGGUUGAUUUCAUUUACUUACUGUGAACCACAAAUAAAUGCCCCAUUUUCCCCAACAAUAUAUGGGUUUCUAAUUAAUCAGAAAGCUAUUGGUGUUCAACUGAGGGAGGGGAAUCCUGAAGAUUUCUUUGUUUCCAUCACUAUAUUACUUGGGCACAUAAUUACAGAAAUCUGAACUUUAGAGAAAACUUCCUUACUAAGAAGUGUUUUGAGAUAAACUCUGCUUGAAUAUUGAAUUAUACAAAAUAUAAACUUUUAUUUUAUUUUUAUUAUAAAGUAUGGAGAGAUUAUUAUUUUAAGUAAUAUAUCAAGUCAUCAUAGAGGUUUAUAAAAUAUGAAGAGAUUGUGGUCUAAACUCAUAUAUGUACACUGAGCUUUUGUGGUUGAUUUUUACUCUGAUUAUGACCUUCAUACCCACAUAUAGCAGACAUGCUACUUCAAGGACAUUCAAAAUGAUGUACACAGAGUACUAGCCUGCAUUUAACACAAUCAGUAAGGAUGAUACAUUUUUCCUGGUUCAAAUAUAUUUGCAUUAAGUUUAGGAAAGAGAAUACCUUAUCAUAUUUUAAGUAUUUUCAUAAUGCACACUUUCUUUUGAAAAACAGAGGUAUCUAAUAUUUCCCUAAUAAGUUUUCUUUUCUUCCAACUAAGUGAGCUACAUUAACUUUUAUUUUCUUCAUCAAACAGGUGUUUGUAAAAUAUUUUCUGAAAUGCUAUACUUUUAUUCUAAAGAUUCUAAAGACUUCAAAGUAAUUUAUAUGUGAACAAAGCCCAAUGUCACCAGUACUGGCCAACUGAUCUAUUAUCCCAUCUCGUGAAAAACCAAGAAAGUUUCAUUGUAAGCCACACAUCCCUCUCCACCCACAUACCCCAGGAACCAUUCCCAGUACAUUGGGUAUUUGAUAUACACAUAAUUCAAAUUCAGGCUAUAUGUUUAAUUUGACACAUUAACCAAUGUCAAAUUUUAAAAUAUACCCAUUAUAUCAAACUGAAGUGUGCUUCUUUGUGCUACUAAAUGGAAAUGAUAUAUUUAUUUUUUAAAAAAUUCAAGAAUAUUAUGUGUAGAAUUUUCUUGUGCUUGAAUAAAUGUUUACUUACCCUACAAAGCACAAAUAUUGAAUUGUAAUCAUGUGAUGAAGUUAUAUAUGUUGUACCUAACAUUGAAAACUAAUCAAUAAAUUUCUGUUGCCAAAUUUUUUUAUCACUUUUUUCUCCAAGAGUUUUAAGAACCUCAUUUAAAACAUCCCAGUAUGAUUAAAUGAAGAUACAUUUUUUCACAA